GUCAUCUUGAAUGAAGCUCAUCACUGUAAGUCCAGGACAAGUAAGACCGCACGAGCUGUGUAUGCUCUUCGUGCUAGACGUAGAUGGGCCGUAACAGGUGACUACACUGGUGUUUUUCAUAAUCAAGAUGCUAAAUCACGAUUAGGAACUCCCAUUGUCAAUAAACUCGAGGUCCUCGAUGUGCUUCUGCGAGUAGCAAAAUAUACACCAUGGUCAUUGUACUCGUCCUUUAGACUGGAUAGUAUUGUCCUCCUAUAG